AUGUCCACAAGCUCAGCACAAUACGACUACGGAUACGAUUAUAUCAGACGCGCUACACAGAAUGUGCAAGUGCCAACACUGACGCUGACUUCCUCCUCCUUAUCGUCAUCAUCAUCUAAAGCAGCAAUGACUAUUGAAAAACAACUGUAUCAACAACAUACCAGCACUACCAGGUCGUGGCUAUAUAACAUGUACUAUGUGCACUUUCCAUUUAUCAUGUUAACAGGUGUCGAGCGUAUGCUUUUACACGCAAUGGUGCUAUUAUUUAUGACAUUUAUCUUUUACGGUGUAUACAGCUACUUGCCUACCAGUAUAAUGGUGGCGUUAUCAAGAGGUUAUUACUAUAUACUGGGUGUUGAUGUUGGUGUUGAAGACAUAGGCCAAAAAUUGGCUGCAUAA